AUGACUUUUAAAGACACCAGGAAGACACCCGGGGAACCAGAGGUGGCAAGUUGCCCAAUUAGAAUUACACUAGGGGUACCUGACCUGCUAACCAGGCACGACAUGCAAUCUUUGGAGAAGUUAUGUGCUGACUUCGUCAGAGGCACAAAGGAAAAGAAUCUCAAAAUCAAAGGACAGUUUGGAUACCUACCAAGACUCAAAAUCACUGCAAGAAAAACUCCCUGUGGUAAAGAUUCUAAGACUUGGGAUCAUUUUCAGAUGACGAUCAUUGAAAUAAUGAGGCAAGUCAUUGAUUUGCACAGUCCUUCUGAGAUUGUUAAACAGAUUACUUCCAUCAGUAUUGAGCCAGGAGUUGAGGCUGAAGUCACUAUUGCAGAUGCUUAAAUCAACUUUUUAAUAAAUUGAUUAUCAAUUGUUUAAAAAAAAAAGAUUACUUUCCCUAUACCCACCAAAGAUGAACAAUUAGUGGGGUGUUUGUUUGUUUCAGCUAUCAAUACGAACACAGAGA